CUGGGGCACAUUAGCACCUAAACUCAAAUCAACACACCCCCAUCCAUCCCUCCAUCGGAUCUGCCUGCCUCUUGUCUCUAUGUACUCUCCUCUCUCUCUCCCUUGUUUUUUUUUCUUCUUCCUUCUACCACAGUCAAUCAUCUCUCGUUUUCUUGAGCUCUUGGUGUUUCUUUUCCUUUUCAUAUACAUCCAUCGUUUGCAGAAGUACCAGUCACUCGUUAUACAGUACACAACAACACCCCCAAGGUUCGCCAAGAUACGCCAUUGACUUUAUCGGCUUGCAUACUCUACCUACUUUUUUCGUACCACGUUGUCUGUGCCUGUGGAACCUAAACGCAUGCGUCUCACCCGUCCAGAGUCGAGAUGAACGGGCAUCAUGGCUAUGCAGAGGGGGACCAGGAGAGGGAGUAUAGGGAGAUGGUAGAGAUCGACGUGCAGCGUCAACAUCAACAGCAGCAUGAGCAGAGGCAGUAUCAGCAGCAGGAGUAUUUCCAAGGGCAAGACCUCCACUCUCCAUACGGUCCCCCAGAGCAGCAAUACACGCCGUAUUCGCCCUAUCAGUCUUCAACAGAAGAGUUUCAGGGCCAGGGCCGCUCUGUCACUGAGCAGGGACGACCCAUUAGGCCUUCACCAGCGCACAUUGACGACUACAGUCCAGCGCCUGAAUGGCCUCCGCACAUUUCCAAUAGCCCUGGGCAGUACUUCAACGACACACCGGGUGGUUCACGCUCUGCAUCGCCGACACUGCGAAGCGGCCGAGAAACACCAGCUUCUCGUCUGCAUCACCACCCGGGCAAUUCGUCCGUCGACUGGAGACCAUCCAGCCUAAUGGUCAGCUCCCGCACCCUCGUCAACAAAUCGUCCAGCGUCACUGACUCCGUCAAACAGAACCAGAGCCACCUGAGUCUCGCUGCGCUUCUGCCCGGCGGGAAUUCGCCUCACAGCAGCAGCGCAAACACACUUUAUAACAAGGAUUAUAUCGUUGACAGCAGCACUAUUCAGCAUGUCCAUAAGCGCGACGACGCUGAGAUCUGGGGAGGUUGGAAGCGAUGGGUGUUUAGGCUCGUUCCCUUUCUCACGUUUGCGAAUACUGGUCUCUACAUGGCGUAUCUUGCGCUGCGAAUUGCUUGUGUUAUUUGGGCGCAGAAUGCGGCGGAUACGACGUAUGCUGGUGCGUGGAUCUUCAUCGGUGUUGAGAUUGCAACAGCAAUUCCGUCAUUGAUGCAUAAUACGUGGACAAUGUGGUCGAUGAAGAAGCGAAAUCGCCCGAAGCUGAGGUUGACAGGCAACGAUGUGCCUACUGUCGAUGCCUUCAUUACUUGCUGUGGUGAAGACGAUGAUCUGGUGAUGGACACGGUGCGAGCUGCGUGUGAUCUGGAUUACCCCCAGGAUCGAUACAGAGUCAUUCUACUCGAUGAUGGUAAAUCUGCCGGUCUGCAGGAAGCGUGUGCGAAGCUGUCCAUGACAUACCCCAACCUGUACUACAUGGCUCGAGUCAAGAUUCCUGGCCAACCUCAUCACUUCAAGGCAGGUAACCUGAACUAUGGUCUUGACGAGGUACACAAGCUACCUGGAGGUGCCGGUCAGUUCAUGGCAGCUCUGGAUGCUGAUAUGAUUCCCGAGCGUGACUGGCUCCGUGCUAUUCUUCCCCACAUGCUCAUCGACCCCAAGAUGGCUCUCGCAUGCCCUCCCCAGCUCUUCUACAACACCCCUCCCUCGGAUCCUCUCGCUCAAAGUCUCGAUUUCUUCGUCCACGUUAUUGAGCCCAUCAAGGACGCUCUAGGUGUCGCUUGGUGCACUGGCUCAGGCUACGUCGCUCGACGUGAGGCUCUCGACGAGAUUGGUAACUUCCCUCUUGGAUCUCUGGCUGAGGAUGUCGCUACAUCGACUAUGAUGCUUGGCAAGGGAUGGAAGACGGCUUUCAUUCACGAACCUCUGCAGUUUGGUACCGUUCCUGAAGACUAUGGCGGCCAUCUGAAGCAGCGAACGCGUUGGGCCAUUGGAACAGUCGAUACUUCCUUCAAGCUGAACUUUUGUCUUUGGGGCGACAAGGUUCGCCAAAUGACCACCGCUCAGCGAUUCUCGGGAUUCUUGUACGCCUCGCUGAGCUUGUACACAAUUCUGCUCACCAUUUCGCUUUUCGCCAUUCCGAUUAUCCUGAUCAUGCAGAAGCCUCUUGUGGCCUAUGCUACCGAUGAGCAGCUCCGAUGGUUGAUCCGUGCGUGCUUCGCAUCCGUAAUCUCUAACCGUCUCUGCGAGUUUGCUCUCUUCAUUCCCGCAGGUUACCACACCGGUCAGCGAGGUUCGCGAUACCAGCUCUGGAUGUCUCCUUACAUCGCACUCUGCCUCAUCCGAUCAUUCAUCCUGCCAACAUGGCUCGGCGGUCAAACGCAAGCCUUCAAGCCAACAGGUUCGCUCGGCUCAGCCCUUAACGAGCGCGACGCCAAACUCCGAAAGAACAUGUUCCGACGACUCUGGGGCAUUCUCAUCAACUACAUGGCUCUUUUCCACUUCGCUUUUGUGUACCUGACCCUCGUCGCUGUGGUCCUCACAUCGUUCCGAUCAUUCGUCACGACUCACACCGUUCGCGACACACUCACCGCCCUUCUCACCCACGCAUUCUGGCCACCUCUCACUUUCCUCUUCAUCUGCAGUUCGCUCUGGACACCGAUCUCGUACGCGAUUGACCCGCCGGCCAUGCCCGACCGCGAGGACCUGCUGAACCGAGAUCCAAAGACGCAGGUGGCGCACCCCACGACCCAGAGCAAGAAGAUUGCUUUUGGCGGUCAGGCUGCGUGGUUCGAGUUGGAAUACACGACUACUACUAUUUAUACAUGCCUGGUCUUUGUGUGCUCAUUCAUUUUCUAGAAAUGAGACGGGGGCAUAAUAACGAAAUGAACUGUUACGAUAAUGUACGAGUGGCUGAUACAUACGAGCGAGGGAGGGAGGGAGCCCAUGGUUUCGUGGAUGAGAUGAACAGGCGCAAAGACCAAUUGGCAAGGGUACCACUCAUUGUUUGUUACUGGACUGGAUUUUUAUACAUGGUAUAGUACAUAGUGGACGCAUCGCAUUAAACACAAAGAUAGAGAUCAGCCCUUAAGCGGCAUACGAAUAAUAGAAUGGCAUCAAUUAUCACAUGAACCUCGGCGUGAUAAAGGCCUCAUCCGUAAAGCAGUUUGACGCCUAAACAAAGCGUUUAAUGCAUGCAAAGACGAUGAUGAAUGCUGAGGUAAGAGAGUUUGAGGUCGCAAGCUGGGAUCUCAGAAUACCAAAUUAAAAGGCCUCAUGAGUUGGAAGUUAAAGCAAAAGUCUGGUGAGUUUUUCGUCAACUUGCAUAAGGUUUAUCUUUGAAGUUGUCUUGCAUCCUGAAGUUGCCGAUAUUGUCGCAUUUAUGACCUCGGUCGCGUUUGCGUUGGUCACCGCGUCUCACAAUUGCCUCUACUCUAUAGCUGAGCUUGGAACCUCACCUCGAUGCAUGAAAGCAUGAAGCAUUGUAUUGAAUCAGUGUCAACAUGUGAAACCUUGACUCGAACAGGCUUGACUCGAGAAGAGGCGCUUAACCUUGGCCCCAGUCCACAAAGGCUCCCUUGGUCCGUCCCUACGCGACUCAUCAGAAAAAAAACCUCUCAAAUUUACUUAGCGGAACAACUCUUGUUCCAGAAGUCUUCUCUGCGGCGCUCUAAAUAACGUGACCAUUCAGCCACUCACGAAAGGUCAGACCCUUAUCUGCGAGUUGAGUUUGGGUGUGCUCCACUCUCUUCAGGAACCCAAGACAAGCAUGUGAGAUUAGAUCUUCUCUUCUCGAAAUUGCCCCUUCUCUCUACUCGAGCAUUUAGCCUUUCGUAUCAGAAAAGAGGCGAUCUCUCACCGCAAUUGAAAGAGCUCUCAACAAAACUGUAUCUAGCACUGUAUAGCAAAGCAGCAAGGCUCCCUUGCAAGAAAAGAACCCACUCGGUUAACCUCUGUGCUAAGCUCACUUCACAACUUAA